GGCUGGAAUUGAUAGGUGGGUGGGUACCUGAUAAGCUUUUUGUACCAAUAGUGUGCAUUCAAUUAUGAAGAAAAAUUAUUUUCAUAUUCAUUGUUACUGUUAAGAGGAUAAGGUGUCAUGUCCUCUUUCUACAUGAAGUUCAUUUUCAUCAACAUUGACUCGGCCAAGAGUUAGCUACUGCAAAAAUUUUCAAGCUUUUGAUUGAUUCAGAGAAUCAGAAUGGCCUACUACAGCUCCAGCUAUUACGAGGAUGAUCUUGUUUAUCAGUACAAUCAAACCCCUUAUGGUUCUGGCUAUGAUUCAGCUCCAACACAUGAUUUCAAGGCCUAUUCUAGCUAUGACUCCAGCAGCCACCAGUUCUUUGAGCAUAAUUCAAUCCCCUAUUAUGGUGCUUUUAACCCUCCUCAUUCUACAUCAUCAAUUGCAUACUCUACCUCCACUUUCAGUGAACCCAGAUCUAUUGAGUAUGAUCCGAAUCCUUACGGUGGCGGUUACAAAUCUCCUCAUACUCAUUUUGUGAUUUCAUACUCUACAGCGGAGUUUAAUGUACCUGAAUUUGAAGAUUAUGAUCCAACACCUUAUAGUGGUGGUUAUGAUAUUGCUCAAACCUAUGGCAAGCCCCUCCCUGCUUCGGAUGAAAUUUGUUAUCCCCGAACGACGACGGAUCCAAAUGCCCUGUUUGCAGAUGGUGUCACUCUUGGUUCCAUCACACUGCCUAGUGAGAAAGAGGAAAUUGAUGGGCAAGCACUGAAACCUAGCCAUGGAGCAGAACAGUCCCUGCAGAAUGAAGAAGAGCUGCAAUUACAUGGUGGCAGUGACAAAGAUCAUGACAGCCACAUAGAGGAGCCUUAUCAAGGUGAAAAAGGUCUGGGAAAUGCAAGCGAUGAUUAUUAUCCGCGGGCUGGCUAUGGAAGUGGAUACGGAAAUGGAGCAGCUGCAGCUGAAGAGCAUGGUUACCAUUACGACAAUUCUGUGCCUUCCCAACCUCCUCCAAGUGGUUAUGGCUUGGAAGCCAUGGAUCUUUGUGAAGGUUUGUUUGGUUAUUGGCCCUGUAUCUCUCGUGAGAAAAGGAGAGGUGAUGGUCAAGAAUGUGCUGCAGAUGAAGGAAGCAACAGAGAUCUGUGGAAGGGAACUGCAGAUUAUCUCUUUGGAAGCUCAUAUCCAUAUGGAGAAAGAAGGGAUGUUAGAGGUAACUAUGGGGUUCCUAAUUAUGAUUAUGAAAGGCAUUAUCAGCAGCAGCCCCUUUACAUGCAGGCUGAUUAUGAUGAGGAUUCAUGGCUGAAUGCGCACUAAUAGCUUUUUAAGAUUACCCUUUCGGAUAGAAGCCUAUGCUCCAUGUUAGUCCUCUUAGAAAAACAUUUGAAAAUAAUUUGUUUUCCUUUUUUUCUUUUUUCUAAAUAACAAUUGAAUGAGAGAUUCUAAAUUGUAACUGAUAAAUAAGGUCCAUUGCUUGG